AUGUCUUGGUUUGGAUCAUCUACGUCUGCACUUCAACUAGAGCUAGAUAAUAAAAUAUCAGAAGCAACAUCCGAAACCAUUCCCAAUGGAGAACUUGAUCUAUCCGCGGCAUUAGAAAUCACUGAUCUUAUUAGAUCCAAGAAAUUACCAGCUCAAACAUGUAUGAGAAGCUUGAAGAAACGAUUAAACAUGGUGUAUUCAAAUCCUAAUUUGAUUACCAGUACUUUAAAGUUGGUUGAUUUGUGUGUUAAAAAUGGUGGGUUCCAUUUCCUUGUUGAAUUGAGUUCACGUGAAUUUAUUGAUUACUUGGUUGAUUUUAUCUUCAAGAUCCAUUACAAUGUUCAAGAAAGUCUGGUGAAACAAGAUGAAUCAAAGUAUAAUGUAGGGCAAUUUAUCUUAGAAUUGAUUAAAUCGUGGUAUACAGCAUUCAAAGGACAAUUGCAAUUGAAUUAUGUGGAGAAAAAGUAUCAAGAAUUGGUUAAUGAAGGUUAUCAUUUCCCCUCCGUUGAUGAUUCAGUGAUAGAUUCGAAAUUUGUUGAUUCGGAAGUUCCACCUGAUUGGAUUGAUUCUGAUUCAUGUAUGAUUUGUUAUACUCCAUUUUCAAUGUUGAAUAGAAAACAUCAUUGUCGUGCAUGUGGUGGAGUCUUUUGUCAAGAUCAUUCAAAGAAUAAUACAACCUUGGUGAAUUUAGGGAUUAUGGAGCCAGUUAGAGUUUGUGAUAAUUGUUAUGCUAAACAGAAACAUAAAAACAAGGGGAAAGCAGGAAGCGGAAGAAGAAGAAAGUCCAGAGGUGGAAUUGAGCAGGAAGAUGAUGAAGAUGAACAAAUGAAACGAGCUAUAGAAUUGAGUUUACAGGAUAGUGUGGUACAAAUUGAACCUCCAAAGGAACCACCGAGAACAUCCAGUGGCGCUAAUAAUAAUGAAGAGGAAGAAGACGAGGAAUUGAAAGCUGCAUUAGCCGCAAGUUUGAGGGAAUAUGAACAAUCACAACCACAAAUACAUCACUCGCAGCAGAAUAAAGGGACUGCAGUAAACCCAUUUGAGAAUGAGACACCACAAACAGCUUCCGAUGUUUAUAACAUAGACUUUACUUCGACGUCCAAUCAUCAGCGUCUACAAUUCAAUGCAUCACUGGGACAAUUCCAAGCACAGCACUCGCAACCACAACAACAACCAUUUAGACCAUCCCAACCACAAUCACAGCAACAACUGCAAGAUCUCUCUCAAGCUGAAGAAGAGCAAAUUAAUUUGUUUAUCACAUUGAUGAACAAUGUACGCAAUGAUCCAAAGAAACAAGCCAAUAUCAUGUAUGAUCAAAACUUGAAUGAAUUGCACUCGCAAGUUAUACGAUUAAAACCUAAAGUCAACAGAACAUUACGUGAGGCAAUGAACAAGUAUAGUCAAUUUGUGGAAAUGAGUAAUAAAUUGAGUACAAUUACUCGAUUGUAUGAUCAAUUUUGGGAACAGAAGUUGAAUGCAGGUAUGAAUAAUGUCGGUCUUGGAAAUGAUAAUGAAUAUCCAUCGUAUCCACUGGUUGGGUACCCAGCAUACCCAAGUCAACCAAUCAGCCAACCAUCUUUAAGUCAACAACCAAGUGGGGUUCCACAAACUCAACAAGCUCCGUAUUCUCAGUAUAACGGACAAGCUCCAUCAGAGCCGAACUUUGAAGCCUCGUAUCCACCAAUAGCACACCGCGAUGAUCUUUAUAGUAAACCAACAGAACCCAAUUUGGAAGAUGAGGAAAUACACCAGCAACAACCACAGCCAUCACAGCAAAGUCGUAAAUCGUCACAAGCAAUGUAUCCAACGAAUGAAAUCCUACCAGAUUCAGGUGAUAGUGAUCAAGAAAAGAAUAGUACCAAUAACAAUAACAAUAACAGUGACUAUGUUACUGUAUCAUUACCACAUUACCCGCCACCAGAAGAUUUAAGUAAUGAGUUGCCACCACAAUCAUUUAUUCGUCAUGCAACAAGUAAUUUACCUCCCAAUGCAUAUGAAACUGCCUCAGCUAAGUAUCCUACAUUGGAUAAUGUCGAAGAAGAUUACGAAAGACAGAAUCCUAUUAAAGAACAACAACAACAACAUCAUCAGCAAUUUGGCCAUGGUUUGAAUGAACUACCUCAAUUGCCUAAAAACUUGCCUUCGUUCGAACAGGAUGAGGAGAAUGAGCGAGUGACCAGUCAUAGUCGUAGACAAUCACUGUUUGAACCAGAACCAUUAAUAGAUUUAUAG